UUGUCUGGCUAUUCGAUUGAAUUUGGCCAAUGAGGAGGGCACACGUUACUUGAGAGCCCUCCCCUCCCCAUAACGCCCCAUUUCAAUUUAAUGUCUAGGGCAAAUCCAUUUAAACAGCAGAAAAUUCAAAUAAAUCCACAUUUGAAGAAUAACUUUGAAUUCUUAAAAGUCAGGGGGAAUUCUAUAACCGGGAGCGGGUCAAGAUACCGUUGCCUGAUAAUAAAGGGGAAUUUUACAACCGGGAGGAGGCCAAGAUAACGUUGCCCCAGGUACUAAUUAAUAAACUCUCAAAAGAAAGAUUUUUUUACCAAAAAACAAUAUGUAACACAAAAGGCGCAUUAAAUAUGUAUGUAAAUUCAAUCUCAGGGAUUAUUUCCUUUAAGGGAAAAACAAAAAUACCUAUAUUAAUUUAAAAUUUAUUUUAGAAAAAAGUUAAGAAAAAAUAUAUUUAAAAUUAUAAAGAUAUUGCCUCAAAAAAUGUGGCAAUUCUUGAUUUUUAAAGUUAUUUUAAUUGUGUUUGCCUCGUAUUUUGUUAACUCGGCAAUGCAAGAAAAAAAGAAUGAAGAAGUUAAAGAAGUUACCCUUACUAUUAAAGAAAGCGAUAAAAAAAAAAUUGAGAAAUUGACAGGAACUGAGAACGGAUUAAAUAAAAAAUUGCUUCCUUUAUUAAUAUUCAAUUUCGAAAAAGAUAGAAAAAGACAAAUUGAGGAAGUUUUGGCAAAAAUAAAAUUGAACAAUCCAAUGCUCAUAAAAAGUUAUGAGAUUAUUAAAUAUGUUCAAAAUAAAUUUCAAACAACAGAAAUGAUUGAUAAUUACAUGGACCUCAAAGCUAAUUUUGAAAAGUUGAAGGAACUUGAAUUUAAGGAAAUUUUGGAUAUCUGUCUAGAAAAAAAGGAAAAAUUUAGAAAAAACCAGGCAAUUACUAAAUUUUUGGAAGAAGCUUGCAAUAAGUUAAACGGAACUUUAGAGAAAUUUGAUAUUAAACCUUUGAAUGUUAAAGAGAACAAAGACGAGAUGAAAAAGAUUGAUCAAUUUUUCUCAGAAAAUGCAAAAAAAGCUGUCGAGAAAAAGUAUAAUUGGAAAAUAAUACAAAAUAUUUCAAAUAUUUUCAACAAUCUUGCAAAAAAGAAUGAGGAAAGUGACCUAGAAGAACCAUUACUCGGUCAUAAAAAAGAAGAUUAAUUUGUUGGAGAUGAAAAUGGACCCCAAUUGGAAAUAAAAAAAACGCAAGCGGUCUACCACCAAAUCGCCCUUGUUUCAGAAUAGUACCUAAAAUGUAUAUACUAUGAAAUUUUUGGAUUUU